CUCCUUUAUUAGCUAUGCUAUCCUACAACUGAUUCUUAAGCCAUCUUUGUAUUUGCUGUAUCUAUACGACAUCCUUGUAUUUUUGGUGGUGACGGCCGCCAAGGCAUCUCGCCGAAACCACCAAAAAUACAAACCGCAAAUGGAACAGCGAUCUGAUGGGGGCAUGACGUCAUCGAAUGCGAAGACUGACACGAAACCAUUACAUGGCGUAGCCGCUGUAUGGAAUAGUCUUCACUUCGCCUUGCCGUAAAGCAGAGCCAAUUCGGUAAGUUUCUCCUCUUUUUUUCCCCGCCGAUAUUGCAUUUAUUCGUUUUCGUUCAUGAUAGUGUUAAUUAAAAUAGCGAGACUGGAUUCUACCACGGUUUACCGGCCUCCCGGUUUACCACAGUUUGCACGCGUUGGUGGGCCUGAAUAUGUUUAUAGUAUUAAGUAGUGUUAUGACGUGCAUUAAAUGUCAAUUGUCGAACUCCCUUUUCUUUCUGUGACUCACGCUUACUUUUCAAUGAGAGUCCAACUUCAACGGCUCUUUGAACACUGGAGGAGUACGUGAGAAGUUGAAUAUUGUGUGUGCCCUGGACGCCAUGGUAAGAAAACUGAUAUCCUUGAUCUGUUUUGACAUUCUUCAAUCAAACAUGUAGUGUGUGCCAAAGGAACCUUUUUUCCGAGUUGGUUUUGAGCACAUACAUACCCUCCUUGAUGAGGCAGGUCUGCCAUAAAAUUAGUAAGAAAACUUUCAGACAUAAAAGAGGGUGGUAAAGGGAAAAUGUCUAGAAAAUAUAUCUAAGACAUACUUAAAAUUACUUCCCACCUUCGCGGGUGUCCUUCGGGAAAAAUUCGUUCACGCGCUGGUUUCACUAAAAUCCUAGCAAACUAUAUCUAUCAGAAGAAAGCUUAAUAACUGCAGAUUACGAUAAAAAUAUAAUUUAAGCGACUUUCUUUUGAGGAAGUGUCAAGAGCCGGUAAGGCGUGAUCGGGUAUCGGAUGCUGUAUCAUGAGCAAAAUGGCUGCACAGUCUCAUUCACAAGGCAUCAAUUAACAAAAGUGUGUCAGGCUUUUUCGAUAUUCUGAUUGGUUGUGUCGAUAUCGGCAUCUUUAGUUGGAGUAGGUAGAAAUAUGCGAAUCGUGUUGCGUAAAUUGACGCCACAGGACAAAUGUUUCAAAUAUCAAAAUUUCCCGACACACCUUCGUUUGUCAUUAUUCCUGGGAUGUUUUAGCGAAAUGUGACGAAAAUCGGUCAAAUCUGUGUACCCUAUAAAUUCGCUCAAAGUAGUGGUAUUCCUCCUAAAAUCAAAUGCCAGAUUUUAGCUCAUAAAGGUUCGCAAACAACUAGCGCCACGCCAGGAGAUUAUCUGGCCCCAGGAAACCGCAAACCAAUAGGACAAUGGAACCUCCUGGCGUCAAUUACUAUGGAUCAAGAUUUCGCGGUAAAAGUAACCCAUUGCAGACUUUUUUUUUCUUUUUUUUUAUCUCGAUUGCUCAGUGGAGCGUUGUGGAGGACGACACAAUAAUGAGCAAAGUUGUCAAAGGCAAAGGAAAAACCCGCUGCAAAAAUUAAAAAACUGCAAAGCUGAGGGGCAAGACAACGAAUCGACAUACAGCUUUCAAAAUUACGAGUCGAGGCGAUUUUUAAUGUUUUUGUAUCAAGACUAGUACUUGCAUUAAAAAAAAGGAAACUUCGUUUUUAACAUCAUGUAUGGCAAAAGUUGGUUAGGUGGCGUUCUCUUUGUUCGAAAUCUGGGCGCCAGCGUGAAGCUCCGUUAGUACUAAUCGCUUUCACAAAAUAAUUUUGUUCCUUACUUGAAAGAGUGGUACUCUUUCUUUCUUCUUUGGGCCUGCCUUUUUUUUCCUUUUUUUCUCCCAAGGACUUUCUUCCGCUGUUUAUUUUUCCAUGAGCAAAGAUUUUUCCAUAAACGAAGAGCUUCCACGUGUGAAUUUUGGAAAGUGCGCGAUGUAAACAAAAUAGGGAAAUAACAUUAAAAUCGAGCCUCAACAUGAGCGGUUGCCGCGAAAAUUCCGCCAGGGAACUCACCCAGGUCCGAGAUAAUGACACUUUCCUGAUUUAUUAACUUUUAUUUGAAAAUACGUUUUUCUACAUAGCUCGGGUGCUUUUAAAGAUAUCCGAUAUUUUUACCAUGGAAACAUUUGAUGGAAUGUUUGAAUUCAGUUUUGUCAAAUAACAUAAAAAUCGAUUUUUUAGGUCUCUGAAGGUAGGAAGUAACCUUAAACUCACGAUUUACAGCAAAUUAAACAUUCAUUUGCCGUUUCACAGAAAAUAAUUUUACAAAAUCACGCUUCACGACAAAAAGUUUCAUAUUUCAAGGGGAAAACAAAGGCUGAUCACGAGUCAUGAAAAUGCCCUUUACCGCACUCACAAAACCAUUUGAAAUGUACAUUCUUAACACGAUUGAAAAAGCGAGUAAGAGCUUGAAUUUUAAAAGACACAAACUUUGCGGUAGCUUACGGGAGGAGCUUUCUUCCAGUUGAUAUGAUUGUUUACUUACGCUGUAACCUAAAAGUUGUAUCCGCGUAAGGUUUCAAAAAGCAUUUAAGUGUUAGAUGAUGAAAUUAAUGGUAAAGUAAAAAUUUUCGCUUGGAAGAGUGCCCGGGGGAGGGGUUACUCCCUUAUGUGGCGUAUACUUGCCGCUGGACAGGGUAUUGUUCUCUGGCCUCUCUGUUUUGAACAGGAUCUUAACUUGUCCGGGUAUGAAUAGGUCAGGGUUUGAAAUCCUUUGCUGCACGCCUAUACCCCUCCCCCUGGGGGAAGACAUUUGUCUACAUGGCUGUGUCCGAUACCGCUGCAUCAAUAGGCUAUCUGCCAAGACCCCUAAAAAAUUGUGUUCAUUUCAGCUCUCCCCUUAAAGGAACGUUAAGCUAAGUUCUAAAGUUAAGCUUGAAUAUUUGAGAUAAAUUUUGCCGAUUUACCUUAUUUAAAAUUAUCUCGAAUUUCAGAACAAUUCGAACGUCAACACCACUGUUGCUGAGUUGCUACAGCGAGCAGCCCAGAUGAUAAGCGAUGGGAAUACACACAGCACACCAUCGACGAACAUCCCGGUGGCGGGCCCAUCUAGCUCAGUUGUCGACGAGCACCGCAGGUUGUUCAAUCGACAACUGGUAAUUCAUGGCUUCUUAUUUCUCCCAUCAGAGGUUCAAUGCGCUGCAAUGCGCUACGUCCACGCUUCUACCACACUCGCUAACACUUUGUACCACACUUGAGCAUACGUGUAGCUUCGAGAGGGUCGUACGGCAAGCGAUGUACGUCAGUAAAAAUGUCUCUGCACGGACGAGAUCUCUGGCGUCGAGUUGUUGUGCUCUUUAGACCGUAAACCUUUUUUACAUUAUUUUAAACAAAAUGAAAACGUCUACCAUACAGGUAACUCUGUUUGGCAUGCUUGAACAUUAAAUCAAUCUUAAAGGCUUUCGAGCUUUCUCGUUCUCAGAGGAACCGUCCUGUCUGGCUUAUGAAUCAAUUUUCCUACGCUAUUGCGUAUUUUUCUUUUUCUACACCCGUAUGCAAAAGUGUCCUUCGCCCGUUAGGAGCGACUUUUCUCUUUCAUUUGCGGAAACUUUACCCGCGCCGAUGCAUUUCAUUUUCACUUGAUAGUAUGUAUUCCACACGAUCAACUUCUCAUAAAAUUCAGAAAUGUACUCUGCUUUUAUUGAGUCCUGCAAGAAAGGCAUUAACAGAGGCAUUUUCUCUAAUAAUAUUUUUGCCACUUACAGAGGGUCCACCCUUACGCGAGCAGGCGGCAGAACCGCGUAACCAGUUCCUCCCAUAGAGUACAGAGAGUCCCAGAAAAUAGAGGUAACUGAUGAUCACAGAUUUUUCUCUACAUACGAAGGGCCUUUUGCAAGACCUGGAUAGUUUGUAAUUGACCCAAUACCGAAAGAGAUGUGUUGGCCACGGUCUGGAAAGAUAAAUUGAAUCUCUUGUAAAAGUACAGCAACGAGGCCAAGAAACUAACAAUAAAUGUCAUUUUCACAGAAAUUUACGCACAAUCUUGCGAUUUAUAGCUUAGCUCUCUCAAAAUAAGUAGUAGGCACGGAUGCGUUUCUCAAAACCCGGAAGACAGAUCGGUUCCGAGAGCGACUAUUUGAGUCCAUUUUCUUUCAAGUGGCGCUGUAGAUUUUAGUCCCGUAUAAACUAGCCCAUCUUCUUAAUCAAGUAGACAUUAUACUUUCAAGCUUUAAUAAACACCAAAAAUUGACUGCAUGAGAAAAUAAAUAGCUUUACGUAAGUUAUCAGGACUUCUGGAACACUAGUCCCAGGGCCUACAAGCCAGGUAUUCUGAACUUGUUAACUUGAACUUUCCUUGCAGCCGGAAAAAGAACAAAGCAACAGCAUCCUAUGUUUAAAAACAUUUUGAGGAGGUUUUAAAAAGUCUUAGAAAUGAAGCAGUAUUGAUAAAUGUUCCUCACCCCUUUUUGUCAUUUAGUGGGGCUGAUUUUGUGCAUUCUAUCGUUCACAGUAUUUGUUGUCAUCUCCAAGUUAUCGGAAUAUCAACUUCCUUUCGAGCUAAUUCGCGUGAACAUUCACAUCUUCUUACGGCGGCUGUAGUUUCAUAGGUUAAUUGGAGUAUUGUUGAGAGAAAAUGCAUUUUUAAUUCGGUGCGCACUUGUCUGUCACUAGUCCUUCCACUAAGUGUAACCCCAAACAUUGCAAAUAUCUUUAAAAUCAUACAUAAGUUAAUUUGCAUGCAGUAUUGACCUUCUCUCUGAGGGAAAAAUGACUGCUGAACUCCAUUAGGAUGACUUUUUUGAUCUGUUAGAGUAUGAAAACAGGAUAUUAAUUAAAAGCAAUUGUUACAACUUAAAGCAAUUACAACAUAUUAAUACAACACUACAAUUUUCAACAGAAAAAACCAUUACCAGAACUUUUGUUUGUCUCGCUGGGCGUGACCAGCUCACCGUUCCAACCAACCGCGAGAAGCUUUUAUUAAAAGAAAAUGGCCUUGGAGAGAAAAAGUUGCAGAUCCCCACGAAUGCAUCGAAGGAGCAGGUCAAGGAGGUUUUGUACAAGUGAGUUACAUAAUUCUCAAUCCACUGGCUUGCUUAAGAUCUCAAGUUCCUUUUUUUCCUAGUCUUUUAGCUCCAGCCGUUUGUAAACCGAUUUCUUUUGUUUAUAUUUCCAGGGCCUUCCGUCCAUUACAAAGUUGUGGUGGAUUCGAAAUGCUGUUGUGCGCAGACAACUCGCGCACUAGGUUACAAGUUGUAAAGUAUGGGUCGUGCAAUACCGACGAACUUAGGUGUUUGGGCAUGGGCCGAGUUUAUAUUCGGCCCAUACAAGUAGAUAUAACUUUGGGCGACAUAGAGGAUGAUGAUGAACAUGCGGAGGAGUGUCUGCUUUGUAGGGAGUCUAUCCCAUUGCUCGGGAUGCGAGCCCAUAUGGAAACGUGUCGGGUUUGUGUUUUGCUGGUGACGUUUUUUUGACUAUUUCUGGGUAGAAUAUGGAGCCUUCUGCUAAUACCUAAUUUUUUUUUGGAAUAAUUUUUUUGUAGGGUGAAACAAGGCCUACAGAAACAUCCGACGAUGAUCUGCCGCCAGCAUUUGGAGAGAGGGGGUAAGUAGAAGUGGUCACCGCACUCGCAUGGUGGUUAUCGUUUCCACGCUUUUAGAAAGUACUAAGAGUUGUUUUCGGUAUUUCACGUAGUUAGAAAUUCCUUUUUGUACGCAUUGUUUAGCCUUAAUUUCUUAAAAGAUAUCAGUGACAUUAUACUUUAUAUUAAUAUUUAACAUGGGGCAUUGUGCUUAGCCUGAAGGUAGUCUUUAUACACCAAUAUAAUCAAUAUUUCAGAGAGGAAGAACGAGUUAACCCAGCAGAACUGCCCAAUUAGCCUCUCAGUGGCACUGAGCAGAACUCACUGGAACUGCCAGAACAGCCUCCUCGUAGUACUGAUCAGGCUUCAAUAAGUCAUGACGAAGCAGCCGCCUUUAAGAGUGAGUUUCUUAGCCAUGUUAAAAUUACCGAUUAUUUAGGUGGCGCUGAAAAGUUUUUCAAGUGCGUCUAAGGGAAUGAUACGCCAAUCCUGUAUCGUUUUCAUGCACUAACCGUGUGUACAUCCAUUCUACUCUGCUGUUGCCGUCAUACACUAAUUGACAGUUGAUUGUAACAUCAUGAACAUUACAUGAAAACUUCUACCAUUCCGCUAAAAGCCCCCUCAAAUAGUUAUUCCUCGCUAUCUACCCAGGGAACCUGUCCCGUACGAGGAGCAUAUGAGAAAUGCUUUAGAGGAAACAUUAAAAGCUAUCUAAGUACAAAUUGAUAGAAUUAUGCUUGGUACAUUCUGCUUGACUGUCUUUUGCGUACCCUACAGUGUAGUUGGUGUUAGUGUGUAUGAACUUUUGCUGUGAUAUCGUUUUAAGGGAAGGAAGGGGGAAAUUAGGCGUCCGUCCAAUGAUAUAAUGUGCUAAGCACAACCUUUUAUGUGCAGAGAUCCGUUAGUUGAUUUUACUACUUUGACUUUGGCACUCAACUAUUAGUGUAAGAAGCUAGAUACAAUCGGGUCGACUGCUCGUUAGUAGACCGGUUUAAUGCAGCAGUUACCGGCAUACUUUUGGGAAUUAUUCAAAUUUCACGGGCGUUACGCCUCUUUGGUCAUUUCAAAUUUAUUUCAGGGCUACUUGUGACGAGCCUGUUACAGUCUUAGGGGAGUUCAGGCGAAAGUUACAGCGAGGGCGAAUGCUUGACCUUCAAAACGACUCUGAACUGUGUGAGGGAAAGACCACGGAGAUAUUUGUCUCUCGUUACCGCCUCUUCGAUGAUGCUAUGGAAGAGAUAUUGAGGAAUGAUCCGCCAGCGAUUGAUUUCAGUGUACCUUUAGAGGUGAUCUUCACCGGUGAGGGCGCUCAAGACUAUGGUGGUCCAAGGCGGGAAUUUUUGGGCAUGGUGAUGCGCGAUAUACCUGACAAGCUCUUCAAGGAAGAAGGAGAAGGCUACGUCAUUUUUGAGAAAAAAGAAGCACUAGAUAGGAAACAUUAUUAUGGAGCUGGCCUCUUUUUGGGUAAAUAUGCAAAGCCUACUGAGACACCUGUGUCAUUUUCACUUGAGCACACAAGAAUUUCAAUUUACCUUUUUAUUGCAGGUUUCAGUUUGUUGCAAGGUGGUCCUUUGCCUACUUUCCUUGCUGAAGACCAGCUUCAGCGAAUCUUCAAAAAAGAUGAUUUGACUAAUCUGGGGGAAGCAGAAACCCAAUUUCGGGUAGGACUCGAGAGAUUCGGACUCAUUGAGGUAAGAUUUCACAGUGACCGGUUGUAGCUGAUGGUCUAGUCUUCACCCUUUACUUAGGCAAGAAAACCAAAUUUAAUUAUGACUAUAGUGGAACCUUACAAUACCGACUCUCGCCAAAUACGGACAGUUUCUCUUCAAGCGCUUCCGACGAAAAACCCCACACAUUUCUUUUACAUGUGAUAGGCAGUUGUUUAAUCCCCUUAGGAUCUCUGCAGUCUGGGAGCAGGUCUAAAAAUGGCUGGAGAAGAAUAGGGACUGUAUGUAGGAUGCCCUCUCUUCCCUUUGAUCCUCUCUUACUCACACAAGAGAUUUGUAUUCCCUUGAUCUCUAACAAUGUUACAUAGAUUCCACACUUUCCGAGGAAAUGAAUCUUGCUUUUCUCUUAAUCUGUUAGCUCCUUCAUGGGAAACCGAGUCUUUCAUUCCUCUUCCGAAAGACAGCAGUGCUGCCUAUGACAUACCCCAAACUGGUGAAACUGCUGGACCCUAUUUUUUCCGACGAGGCCAGCAAUCAAAGGCAGCGGGAAGAGCGAACAUACAGACUCUUCCUGAAUUACUUGAAAGAGGUGUCAGGUAACUGUCGUUCUCUUUUCUCUAGUCUAAGAAACAUCCCCGCUGGCUAGACAGUUGUAACUUUGCUUUAUGCCAAUCGAAAUUUUCCACAGAGCGCGUAAAAAAGAACUGGGAUUCAGAGCUUCAUGAGUUCACUGCUAAUUUUUGUGUUUUUCUCUUUUCAGCUGGAAGGAGGGUAGAUGGCAAUAUAUCUCUCCAUAGCAUUUUAAAGUUCGUCACUGGAUGCGAGAACGAGCCUGUUCUGGGUUUCCAAAUGAAGCCCUCUAUUUGUUUUGAUACGAAUAUGCCAUCUUGCCUUCCUAUUGGCAACACUUGUAUUAGCAGGCUGACUUUGCCGAUAGGUGAGAAUGUAUCAAUGACCAAGGAAGAAGUAUUCUCUUUCUUUGACUACGCUUUCGCAAAUGAUUACUUUGGCCGUCUCUAAGUGAAACUACUGAUUUCUGAUUGAUUCUCUUUGACAAGGUGUUUUUUAAUUUAUAAGUUGAAUUUAGUUUACAGCAGCAUUGUUGAGGCGAAAAUUCGUAUUCAUUACACAAGCUUUAAAAGUCUAGUUAAAAAAAGAGCGCUAGUUUAGGCUGUACACCAAAGGGUCAGUUGGUGCAACUCAUACAAGCAAUAUUGUGUAUGUUUGUGUUUGCCCUUUAUUGAAUUCUGAUUAUGAUGAAGAUUUUAAUAGCGUGGAAAUGGGCCUGAGAUGAACGAAAUGAAAAUACAUUGAAAAGAACAAAGUUUAUGUGUUAAUGUUGCCAAAUACUCAUCCAAACAAAAGUAAAGCGAAGGACGUUUAUUGCGCAAUUUUUUAAAGCCGUUACGUUUUCACUUACUAUACUGUUUAAACGUCCC